CUGACCAUCACCCAUUCACCAAAACAAUACACGCCCAGAGCUCGUGCAUUUGUGGCGUAAAAAGCCGCGCCAGGGAUCGGGUUUGAUCAGACUGUCUGUGCGCUCCGGACGCUCGCUGGGUGCGCAGGCCAGCCAGCCAGCCAGCCAGCCCCCCUCGGCAACCCGCCGCGCUCCGCUCCUCCGCAGGCUGCGAAUAAAAAGCAGGGAUCCUCAUCGCGUUACGCAGAUUCAAAGCCUGGAUGCAGAGUGAACCCAGUGGCCUGCACAUGAAGAUGCGAUAACUACGGCAUGUUCGCACCAUGACUGCAGGUUGUGUUGCAAGAGGAGAUUGAAUGUCUCUAAAAUCUCAAGGCUGUGAGCCCUGUGCAGGGUGGUGAUGAGCAGUCAGGGCAGCAGCAGCAGCCGGGGAAGUGGCCAGCAUGCUGACACUCCUCCCCCUCGUCAUGCCCCUGGACCCAAGCUGCAGGUGCAGCGUUCCCUUUCUCGUGACACCAUCACCAUCCAUUUCUCUGCUCUGGGGAAGGAGGAAGAUGACGAGGAAGAGGAGCUCUACGGGGUACCUGUUGAAUCUACUGAGGCUAAAUCUGAGAUUGACGGUGUACGGGGAUUCCAAGGUCUAGAAGCUGCAGGGGAUGAUGACGAGUCUGUCACUACAGGCUUGGAGGCAAAAGAGGAGCUGCUGUUUGAAUGUGCUGGUGUGGAGACCUCCUCAGGAGCUGCUGUGCUCCCUGUUUCAUCCACCACCCUGUUUGUGCAGCCCUUAGACCCUCAGCCACACAUACCCUCUCCAGCCAUGACUAUUAUCCCCACCUCCACGCAACCCCACCUGAGCUCCACCCCUCCCACCAGCUCCUCCUGGCCCUCUGACCGACCCUCAGUAAAUCCUCCAUCCACAAGCUCCAGCUCCUCCUCCCCAUGUAAGUCUGCAGCACUGUCCUCCUCCAAACCUUUCCUCAGCCUGGUCAGGUCUUUGUCCAAUGACGUUGAGUCUCGAGAACCCGCUCCUGCACCUGCAACUGUUGCGCCGCCGCAUGCACGUCACCGCCAUUUAAUGAAAUCUUUUGUUAAGUCUCUUUCCACGGACACUUCAAAGGCUGAACAUCCGGAAGGGCCUCUUCAUCACUAUCUUCAUCACCCUCCUCAUCAGCAACAGCAUGUACAGCCAUCCCAGCGGCCUCCACCCCGCAACAUGCAGCUCUUCAAACAGUUCUCCCAGCCUCGCUUAUGCUCCAGCCCUGUCACUGUCACUCAAGCAGGUGGAGACUCCAAAACAGCCCCCUCCUCCCCCAUCAUGUCCCCAGAUGGCAGGUCUUUCUUCAAGGUCCAAGAGGUAGAGGCCAGGAUAGAGGAUACCAAGCGGCGGCUGUCAGAGGUGAUGUCAGACCCCCUGCAGCUUUUUAGUAAGAUCAUGGGGGAUGAGUCUGGUGUGGGAGGUGUUGGAAGUGCCACCCAUCGUGCCAAAUCGUUGUCCUCCAGUGCGUCAGAGCUCAGCGGAGCAGCAGCGAUAAAUGGACACGCGGAAGGUAACAACAACUAUAGCAUCAAGGAGGAGGAAGGAGCAGAAGAGGAAGAAACCCCCACGGCCAAGGGCCCGGACUCUGUUUUUUUCUCCUUCCCAUCACUGGCACCAGCCCCGACCCUUACCCAGACCUCCUCAUCCACUUUCCCUAGAUCUCCUUCUCUCACUCUGGGCCGCUGCUCUAUGUCGGCCCUGGUGGCUCGACAGGAAGACGAGGACUUCUGUGAACUGUACAGUGAAGACUUUGAGUUAUGCACCGAUACAGAAACACCAGAUGGGGAUCGUCCCGGGUCCAGGCAGCCCCAUACUGGUAGCACUGGGUUGUGUAGUGAACUUGACACAGAGGAGGAGGAGAAAGAGGAGGAGGAGGAAGAGGAGUUGGAGACUGUGCCCGUGACUGGCCUCAUCUUCCUGACGCAGUUGGUAUACUGGUAUAUAAUCCUUCCGGUGCCGCCAUAUGUAUGUGCAGUGGUGCAUGGGAUAGUAGCUGGGUUCAUGUUGGCCUUGCUGGUCCUCUGGCUGUCCUCUACUCGGUGCUCCUCAUCAGGGACAAGAGGAGGGAGGCGAAGGAUAGAGUUCUGGAAUGUGGCCCAGCUGGAUAUCAAAGAACCGGGAACCUUCAAGGGCUGGAUGAAUGAGAUCCACAGCUACGACCCGGAGAUGUACCAUGCCACCCUGACCCACUCCGUUUAUGUCCGUCUGGAGGGCUCCGUCCUGCGUCUGUCCAAGCCCAACCGCAACAUCUCCCGCCGUGCCACACACAACGAGCCCAAACCUGACGUCACCUACAUCAGCCAAAAGAUCUACGACCUGACUGACAGCAAGAUCUACCUGGUGCCCCAAAGCUUGGCUAGGAAGAGAGUUUGGAACAAGAAGUACCCCAUUUGCAUUGAGCUGGCCAAGCAGGAGGACUUCAUGUCCAAAGCCCAGGGUGAGAAGCCUGAAGCUGGCGAGGAGAAAUUAACAGGGCUGGACGAGAAGCUGGAACGAAUGGACAAAUGUGAGAAAGUCGAGGUAUCAGGAUCAGCAGAGGAACCCAAAAGACCAACCUCUGGAGGCGGGGAUCUGACAAUCUACUUGUUUGGGAGGACGGGUCGGGAAAAGGAGGAGUGGUUCCGGAGAUUUCUUCUCGCGUCACGAAUGAAGUCAGAAGGGAGGGUUGGCAGUUUGCCUGGCAUCUGCAAGAGUGCCUGCUUGCCCUCCCACAGCCGCAGUAGCAGCACCCAGUCUGGUGGAGGCCUGGAGGCCGACAGCAGGAGCAGCAGCCGGGGAAGCCUGGAGGAGCUGUCUCAGACUCGCCACAGAGAGACCCCCUCUGCUCUGUCCUGUGGCUCUGCUGGAGGGAUGAAACAGAAGAUGCUGUUGGACUAUAAUGUCUACAUGGCCAAAUAUGUCAACCCCCAGGUACCACAGAGAAGCCCAACUGCCACUGACAGCCCUGGGCCCAGCCCUGAGAGCAGCCCCAAAACUACCAAAAAGAUACGCAGGAGUUCAGAGGAGACAGUGGAGCCUGAGGCCUGGGUCAACGCUUUUGUGGGAAGGAUAUUCUGGGACUUCCUGGGAGAGAAGUACUGGGCCAAUGUUGUCUCCAAAAAGAUCCAGAUGAAGCUCAGUAAGAUCAGGCUGCCGUAUGUCAUGAACGAGCUGACUUUAACAGAGCUAGACAUGGGCUUUUCCAUUCCUAAGAUCCUCCAUGCCUCCAAACCCUCUGUGGACCAUCAAGGUCUGUGGUUUGACCUGGAGGUCUCCUACACGGGCUCCUUCCUCAUGACCCUAGAGACCAAGAUGAACCUGGCCCGUCUGGGGAAGGAGGGCGAGGGGCUCGGGGAGCACGGAAAAGAAUGGCCACGGACAUACUGUCUGGCAGACAGUGAUGAAGAGUCGUCUAGUGCCGGCUCAUCGGAUGAGGAGGACCCCCCAGAACUGCUUAGUGACAAAGCCAUUCUUCCUGGAGCUGAGGGCUAUGUGGGAGGCCACAGGCCCAGCAAGAUCAUGCGCUUUGUGGACAAGAUAGCCAAGUCGAAGUACUUCCAGAAAGCCACAGAGACGGAGUUCAUUAAGAAAAAGAUGGAGGAGGUGUCCAACACACCCCUGCUACUCACCGUGGAGGUGCAAGAGUGCCGUGGGACGCUGGCUGUGAACAUUCCACCUCCCCCCACGGACAGGAUAUGGUACGGUUUCCGGAGUCCGCCUCACCUGGAGCUGAAAGCGCGGCCCAAACUGGGCGAGAGAGAGGUCACUUUGGUUCAUGUGACAGACUGGAUUGAGAAGAAACUGGACCAGGAGUUUCAGAAAAUAUUCGUGAUGCCAAACAUGGAUGAUGUGUGGCUACCCAUAAUGCACUCUGCCAUGGACACACGUUCAAAUGCCAACUUGGUUACUGUGACAAAUGAGGCCUUGAAGGACCCAGAACCUGAGGAGUCUGAGGUCUCUGACAUGUGAAGACUGCUGUUCAAAGUGCAUAGCAACGUACAUUUUAUCACCAUGGCAAUAUGACAAGUCCCCGCCCCUCUCAGAGACCCCACAGGUGCAGCGACGGGCCGGGACCAACUCGCCCAAUAUUUUUACCCGUGUUCCAGUCCCAACCAGUCUGAGGCCACCCAUGAAGUGCAAUCACAAAACUGCAAGUGUUGGCGAGCUCGUGAUCAUCUGUGGCGACUUAAUGACUCAUAGAUUGUCAUCCAGUCUCACAGUUUUAUUUGUGUGACAGUGACAUUAAAUAUUAUGAUUCAAUCUCUGAUGAAAUACAACACAUGGGGCAUGUCGAGACUGUUUUGACAAAUGUGCGUGGAUCGACAAACAGCCAUCGGAUUCAACCUGAAGAACCAUAAUACCUGUGAUGUACAGCUGCACCAAACCUGAUCGUUGUACAGUGUACAUUUUUGUGCGACCUUUCUAAUGGAGUGGUUUAAUGUUGCUGUGACUCUACGAGAAGUCUGAGGCCACUGAUGAAGCAUGUGUGUGUCUGAGUGAGCAAACUUUUGAGGGAACUAAAAUUUGGAGACGAUUUUGCUGAAAGAGCCCCUGCGUCUAUUGAUACACAUUUCACAGGGACAUCAAACUCAUUGAUCACCCAUCCACACCGCUGCCUGUGCCAGUCGCCUGGCACUUUUAUGCAAACAGAUCAACGGCACUGUGUCCAGCGAAGACACUAGGUCAGUUCAAAUCCACUAUGGACACACUAUCAUACCAUACAACUUGUGUGCUUUUAACCGCGUGGUAGGGAUUAGAGCUAAAACUGACUUUAGAGGGGUGAUUUAAAACAUAUCUGCAAACACAGCAGCUGAACAUUGCCUAGGUCUGAUGAAUGUAUAAAUAGAAAUGCAGCUCCCUAGCUGUGCAAGGAAUAGCUCAUUCACUGACGACGUGCUUCUACGCAACAUGCUUCAAGACUUCUUUUCGUGUUAUAUUCAGUUUUAAAAAAGUAAUAACUUUUCAUUUUUUAUUGCCAAAGCAAUCAGUCCUGUCUGAAGACUACUGUAUGAGGUAAACAGUGACAUAUAAAGCAAUCGGUUCAUUAUCUUGGGUUCCUCGUGAGGCCGAAGUUUGAACAGCAGGAGACUGAAUCCCUUUUGUGAGUUGUUUUAAUGUGGAGAGGGAAACAUGCCCACUCUGUUUCCAUACUGCAUAUUAGCCAUAUUAUUUAAUGUUGUCAGCUGACGUCCAUCUAAUGAAUGCUUUUUUUUCAGUUGAAUUAUUUAUUGAUUUGCUGUUUCUUUCUGUACUGUACACAUUCAAUAGGAACGACACCGUUAAAACUAGAACAGCAGCAACUUUGUAAUCUGCCAAGACGCCCGGCUGCAUUAUUUUACACGUCUUAACAUUUAAAUAUGUUUGUUGGCAAAAGUGUAUGAGGCAGAAAGUGCCUUUAAAAUAAACAUUCCUCCAUAGUGAGCCACCACAUUUGUUGCAUCAGUUUGAGGAUAGCGAGAAAGUGUCUUUGUGCCAUUAACUGUGUGUCUCUCUCUCUCUCUCUCUCGACACGCCCUUUGUUUUUCACGAGUUUCGGUGUUGUUCAUUUGCACAGUGAUGAAAAUGUCAAACAUUGCUGUUGUGUUCAGUGAUGUCACAGAAUGUUAUGGUUCUGAUCGUUGUGGAUCAAUAAAACCUUUUGCUUGGAGAGA